AUGAGAAAUCUUGUAGUUUUGGGAGGAUCAUCGCAUCCAGAACUUACCCAUUCGAUAUGUCGGAACUUGACUUUGAGACAAGGAGUAGUAGAUUCAAAGAAGUUUUCAAAUGGUGAGACUAGCAUUGAAAUUGAAGACUCCAUGAGGGAGAAGGACGUUUUCAUUGUUCAAUCAGGCUGUGGUGACGUUAAUGAUAACUUCAUAGAAUUAUUGAUUAUGAUUGCAGCAUGCAAGACUGCAAGUGCAAAGAGAGUGACAGCUGUAUUACCUGUUUUUCCAUAUUCAAGGCAGCCUGACGUCCCUCAUGCGGCCUCAUUGACAGGGGCGCCAUCUAUUAUGACAACAAAGGACCAAUACACGUAUGAAAGUUUACCUGGUACUCCACGUUACAUGUCGCAAAACGAUUACGAUAUCCCUAAUAUGCCUACCCCACCACCAUUGAAUAUUAACAGUAAUAAUUUAUUAGAAAAGGCGGCAGCUAAUAACAUGAGACAACAACCAUCUACAAAUCCUAAUGAUGCUACUUCAGCUUUUAAGGCAACAUCCAUUAUGACAAAUUCUGCAUCUCCAAAUAUAGCUUCGGUCGAUGUCUACGGUAAGACUGACAGUGGCUACAAGCAAUGGAUUUCUCCCAACGGAACCUUAAUAGCAAAUUUAUUAACUACUGCUGGAGCAGAUAGAUGCAUCACCAUGGAUUUGCAUGAUCCCCAGUUCCAAGGUUUCUUUGAUAUUCCUGUCGACAAUUUAUAUUCAAGGCCAUUGUUGAAGCAUUACAUUGUCGACUACAUUCCGAAUUAUCAAGAAUGUGUGAUUGUUUCACCUGAUAGUGGUGGUGCUAAAAGAGCUACGAGCGUUGCUGAUGCAUUGGGAUGCUCUUUUGCACUUAUUCACAAAGAAAGAAGGGCAAAAGCUGCUUCUGUUCCUCCCUCAUCGGCUGCCUCUAAUACUAUUACAACACAACCUAGAAACCCUUCAGCAAUGGUAGCUACAACAAUGUUAGUUGGGGAGGUGAAGGAUAGGGUAUGCGUAUUAGUGGAUGACUUGGUCGAUACUUCGUACACUAUUACAAGAGCUGCAAAAUUGUUGAAAGAUCAGGGUGCAAGAUAUGUUUACGCAUUAGUCACGCACGGUAUAUUUAGUGGGGACGCUAUCAAUAGGAUUAAUAAGUCUGCAAUCGAUAAAGUUAUUACGACUAAUUCUGUUCCGCAGCUUGAGACUAUGCGAUCACUUGACUCCAAAUUCGAAGUUCUAGAUGUGUCAAGAAUAUUUGCAGAAGCUAUAAGACGAAUCCACAACGGUGAGUCAGUUUCCAUGUUAUUCGAUCAUGGAUGGUAA